GCCAAGAUGGCGGAGAGCGGCGAAGGUCUGGGCACCGUUCCGGAGCACGAGCGGAUCUUGCAGGAGAUCCAGAGCACCGACACCGCCUGCGUGGGGCCCACCCUCCGGUCUGUGUAUGAUGACCAACCAAAUGCACACAAGAAGUUUAUGGAAAAGUUAGAUGCUUGUAUCCGUAAUCAUGACAAGGAAAUUGAAAAGAUGUGUAAUUUUCAUCAUCAGGGUUUUGUAGAUGCUAUUACAGAACUCCUUAAAGUAAGGACUGAUGCAGAAAAACUGAAGGUGCAAGUUACUGAUACCAACCGAAGAUUUCAAGAUGCUGGAAAGGAGGUGAUAGUCCAAACAGAAGAUAUUAUUCGAUGUAGAAUUCAGCAGAGGAAUAUUACAACUGUAGUAGAAAAAUUGCAGUUAUGCCUUCCAGUGCUGGAAAUGUACAGUAAACUGAAAGAACAGAUGAGUGCAAAAAGGUAUUAUUCUGCCCUAAAAACUAUGGAACAAUUAGAGAAUGUGUAUUUUCCCCGGGUUAGUCAAUACCGGUUUUGUCAGCUAAUGAUAGAAAAUCUUCCUAAGCUCCGUGAAGAUAUUAAAGAAAUCUCCAUGUCUGAUCUCAAAGACUUUUUGGAAAGCAUUCGCAAACAUUCUGACAAAAUAGGUGAAACAGCAAUGAAACAGGCACAGCAGCAGAAACUCUUCAGUGUUAUUCUGCAGAAGCAAAAUAAUGUAAAAUUUGGGAAGACUAUGUAUAUAAAUGAUAGAAUUCCAGAAGAAAGGAAUGAAAUUGUAUUGAAACCUGUAUUUGAGGAAGAGGAUGAGAAUGAAGAGGAGGUCUUAACUGUUCAGGAUCUUGUUGAUUUUUCCCCUGUUUACCGAUGUUUGCACAUUUAUUCUGUUCUGGGUGAUGAGGAAACAUUUGAAAAUUAUUACCGCAAACAAAGAAAGAAACAGGCAAGACUGGUAUUGCAACCCCAGUCAAAUAUGCAUGAAACAGUUGAUGGCUAUAGAAGAUAUUUCACUCAAAUUGUAGGGUUCUUUGUGGUGGAAGAUCACAUUUUACAUGUGACCCAAGGAUUAGUAACCAGGGCAUACACUGAUGAACUUUGGAACAUGGCCCUCUCAAAGAUAAUUGCUGUCCUUAGAGCUCAUUCAUCUUAUUGCACUGAUCCUGAUCUUGUUCUGGAACUGAAGAAUCUCAUUGUAAUAUUUGCAGAUACUUUGCAGGGUUAUGGUUUUCCAGUGAACCGACUUUUUGACCUUUUAUUUGAAAUAAGAGAUCAAUACAAUGAAACACUGCUUAAAAAAUGGGCUGGAGUUUUCAGGGACAUUUUUGAAGAAGAUAAUUAUAGUCCCAUCCCUAUUGUUAAUGAAGAAGAAUAUAAAACAGUCAUCAGUAAAUUUCCCUUUCAAGAUCCAGACCUUGAAAAGCAAUCUUUCCCAAAGAAACUGCCCAUGUCUCAAUCAGUGCCUCAUAUUUAUAUUCAAGUUAAAGAAUUUAUUUACGCCAGCCUUAAAUUUUCAGAGUCAUUACACCGGAGCUCAACAGAAAUAGAUGAUAUGCUUAGAAAAUCAACAAAUCUGCUGCUGACCAGAACUUUGAGUAGCUGUUUACUGAAUCUUAUUAAAAAACCUCACAUAGGUUUGACAGAGCUAGUGCAAAUCAUUAUAAACACCACACACCUGGAACAAGCUUGCAAAUACCUUGAGGACUUUAUAACUAACAUUACAAAUAUUUCUCAAGAAACUGUUCAUACCACAAGACUUUAUGGGCUCUCUACUUUUAAGGAUGCCCGACAUGCAGCAGAAGGAGAAAUAUAUACCAAACUUAAUCAGAAAAUUGAUGAAUUUGUUCAGCUUGCUGAUUAUGACUGGACAAUGUCUGAGCCAGAUGGAAGAGCUAGUGGUUACUUAAUGGAUCUUAUUAAUUUUUUGAGAAGCAUCUUUCAAGUGUUUACUCAUUUGCCUGGGAAGGUUGCCCAGACUGCUUGCAUGUCAGCCUGCCAGCAUCUGUCAACAUCAUUAAUGCAGAUGCUCCUGGACAGUGAGUUAAAACAGAUAAGCAUGGGAGCCGUUCAGCAAUUUAACUUAGAUGUCAUACAGUGUGAAUUGUUUGCCAGCUCUGAGCCCGUGCCAGGAUUCCAAGGGGAUACUCUGCAGCUAGCAUUCAUUGACCUCAGACAACUCCUUGACCUGUUUAUGGUUUGGGAUUGGUCUACUUAUCUAGCUGAUUAUGGUCAGCCAGCUUCUAAGUACCUUCGGGUGAAUCCAAACACAGCCCUUACUCUUUUGGAGAAGAUAAAGGAUACUAGCAAAAAGAACAAUAUAUUUGCUCAAUUCAGGAAGAAUGAUCGAGACAAACAGAAGUUGAUAGAGACAGUCGUGAAACAGCUGAGAAGUUUGGUGAAUGGGAAAAAAGGCAAAACUAAUAUAUAAAUCAGGUCAAAAAUUGUCUAUGAAAAAAAAAAUUGUCUAUGAAACUGAUUGUGUA